AUGACCUUCGUAGUGAUGGAUGGUUGCGCUCAACUCUUACAGGUGCGAGGCUUGCCAAUCAAGACUAUCUUUGCAGGGUCAAUGGUCGGCUCGGCCAUCGUCAUGUCGUCCUACUUCAUCAUCUACGAUCAUGGAGUCGUCCAUCGAAUCGCUUCGCCUCACGACAUGCGUGGAGCCCUGUGGCUCAGAUCAGCGGUCACAUCUGUUGACAUGAUCUUGGCAUAUCUAGCUCUCGGAUACAUGCCCUUGUCGGACUUUAUGACGAUAUUCCAUGUUCGACCUUUCAUAGUGGCCUUCAUGUGCUGGCAAUGGCUUGGCGAGCCCAUCACGAAAGUACACCUGAUAGCGAGCGCUAUCUCUUCACUGAGUGUCCUACUGAUUGCUCAACCGGAGUUUCUGUUCCACAUUGCUCAGCAUCAUGGCGUCGAUAAUGCACACCCGGACGAUCCAUGGCGGAAAGCCUUCGGUAUGCUGGCAACUUUGGGCUGUACGACCAUGAAUUCGUGGAACUUUGGCUCAGCCAUCGGCAUCAUAUGGAUCAUGCUCACGAGCACAAGCCUUGCAUUGAAUCAGUCACUGGGCUCCUACGCUAUACUCGGCUGUCUGAUCGUGUCUGGGGUGUUGGCACAGCUAUCAUUUACGAUGGCUCUGAGGCGGCUUUCAGGUGUCAAAGUCGCCAUUCUCUCGUACCUCCAGAUCUCAUGGGGCUGCGUUUGGCAAUUGCUUAUCUACGCCACGGCCCCGAAUCUGACUGAGCUAGCCGGCAUGGUCCUCAUUACUUUAGCGGGUGUAUGGAGCGUCAUUUACGGUGCUGAUGGUGAAGAGGGGAGAUCCAAACUUGAAACGGACCAGGAACAUGACAUGCCACUUCUCCGUUCCAGAGAGAGCCAGGACCCACAUGAGGUUAGGGUUUGA